AUGCAUCGAAACCCCGGAAAACCAUUCCCUAUGCCUCCAGCAUCGGUUAAUGAGAACGAGGCAAGGAAUAAGUGAGUUUGAUAGCCUUCUGAAUGUUUUUUAUGUUUAGAUUGAAUAACUAUGUGUAUCAAUACUUGUGUUAUAAUGCUCCAAAAGCGGCUGAAUCUUUUGUCGCAGAGGCAUUGAACGGGGCAGCCCCAGCCCCAUCAGAAGGCCCUGGAUUUUUGAUGAAUUGGUGGCUGUAAGUUUAACAUUAAUUUAAGUAUUUUCUUGUUAGGGUAUUCUGGGACCUGUACACAGCAACACCUGAUAGAAAAGACAAGGACGCUGCAACCGUAGAAGCGAAGGCCUUUAUGGAUUACACUUUUCAGGGCAAUGGAGUUCCGCCGGUGAGUAUAUAUAGUGUUUUUAAUGUUGGAAUAUUCUUGAUGAAAGGCAUAACAAUAUUGUUUAGUUUGCAAACCAGAUGAAUGUGGGCAUGGCACCUAACAUGUCGGAAUACUACCGACAAAGUGCCAUGAAUGCAUCUAAUCAAGCGUCGCCGGUGCCCGGAGGUGUCCCAGGUAUGUUAAUCCUCUUAAUCUUUUAUUGAUUUUUGGAUAUUUUUUGACCUUGAUGUUUAAGGUUAUCAACAGGGAUUCCCUCCACGAUUUAUGGGGCCACGAGGCCAGGUACCAGGUCAAUUUGUUCCCCGGCCAGGUUUUGAUCGGAUGAUGCCCAUGCAUCCAAAUGCCGCCAACGGAGGAAGAAUGAAUGUUAGGAUGGGAGGCCCUCCUUACCGGCAGUAUAUGGAUUCCCCUGGAACACCAACUUUUGGAGCAAGUUUUUUUGAUAGUUUUACAAUAUAUGUGAAAAUAAUUUUUAAACUCCAUACGGUUUUAGAACGGUAUGAUGAAUGGAACACCGAUCAGCUCAACUCCCUCGAUGAUGCCUAGCCCAGGUCCUAGUGGGCCUAUGCCUACCGAUCCUAAUAUGUCUGCCCAACAUUACAACAUGAUGAUGAGCCAGAAUAUGCAUCCCGGUCAAGUAAGUAUAAUUUUUUGAGACUAUUUUACCUGUUUUAGUUCGCAAUAAUGGAUCACAAUUCUGCCGGCACUCCAACUAGCUCUUCCGCCGGUCCAACUAGUGUCCCCGCUAUGAAUGGAGCUCCUGCCAGUGUUCCCAACAUGGGCGGACCCCCAAGUGUGGGCUCUGGACAUGGACAGAUGCCAAGUUCAGUCGGAGGCCCGAAUGAAAAUCAGCCUAACACUCAUCCAGGAAGCUCGUUAAGUAACAUGUUGAAUGGGAAUAAUGAAAUGGACAUUAAAAUGGAGAUCAAACAGUCUCCUUCUAACAUGGUGGGUGUGGUAAAUGGAGGAACUCCUCAACAUGGAGGACCUGGAUCUCAUCACAACAACGGACCACCGUCGGCAGCCGCCUUGCAUGGACCAAAUUCAGUGCAAUCACAACCUGGAGCGCCUAAUUCAAACGUGAAUUGUGGUCUUAUGGGUCCCCAAAGCAACCCACAAAAUGCGCAAAUGACUCCUACUUCUGGAGGCGAUAAUCCCAACAUGAUGGACUUUGGGUCAAGUGGAAACUUCCAUUCGGAGAAGACUGAUGGAAGUGAAAAAGAGAUGAUAUCCAAGAUCAAAGCCAGUCUGAUCGAGGAUUUCAAAUUACAGCAAUGA